AUGGUGUUCGGGGUGGAGGGAAGGUGUCACUGGGGUGAAUCAUUUUGGUAUUCCAAUCCAAAUAAGUACUCUAUAUAUAUUCAACUAUUCCAUGGAGUAGACAAUACACACAUCAUCAAGUACGGUAGCGAAUUAAAAAGAGGUGGUAUUAUAAAGGUACUGCAAUUUGUCGCCCCAUCAAAAAAUCAUACCAAAGCCAGAGUGUACGUAACUGGUGCGUUAGUAGAAAAAAGGAUAACGGUGUCCAAUGACAGUGAUGCAGAAAACCGAUUGUUCGAUGGUACAUUAACUAAUUAUCGCAAUUUUGUGUAUGAAGUUGGGAUUGUACCUAUGCUGGCACACGUGUAUCGAACAGGUAACAAUUUCCGUAACCUGGAAAUAAGUGCAUUCUUAACCAUUCUAGAGAAACAAGGAGCAAGAUAUCGUUUUCACCGUGAAAUUGAGCUGAACAAACUUUUGCAUAAGAUGUUAUCUGGAAAGAUGCAUGUUUUGUUAAACCCGGUAGAGACUUCAAAAAAAGUAUUUGAAGUAGCAUAUUGGAAAGAUAUACAGGAAUAUUGCAUUGUUUUACCUCGCCGUUAUGAGCGAAUGCAUCUGCAGCUAUUGUUGUCCCCAUUUAAAUGGCAGAUAUGGUUGGUGAUAGUAGUGAUUUUGGUUGCAAUUCAGAUAGUGAGCUUUAUGUUCCCCGAGCGCGUGCCGAGUUACUUGAUCUUAAAGUGUUUUUUUGGCGGUGGUGAGCCUGAACAUAGCCUAGCUACAGGUAAUCGACUUAUUGUAUGUGUAAUUUGCGUUUUAAUAUUCCUAUUGACUGAAACCUAUCAAGCGAUACUUUUGUCUCUCAUGUCUGCCGAUCCGUUUGAGAAAAAUCCCGAAACAGUGAAUGAAUUUAUCGAACAAAAUCAAACGUUGAUAAUUACAAAGAGAGCAAACCUACCUAAUCUACUCCCUGCAAAAUUAGAGCCCCUGUUGAAAGAGGUGGAUCAGAUGGAUGUUGAUAUAACACUGCAGAAUGCGUCAAUAGUGAGUUGCGAUCUAGCACAUUUUUUGAAUACGAAUCCGUAUGAAUGGUCAUUACCCGUUAAAGCCGAUUUGAUUGUGAUUAAACCGCGUGUUUAUUACCGUAUGAAGCACAUUAUUUUCAGUUGGACAUGCCCGGCUGUGCGAGAUUAUCAGCGAUACAUGGAUAUAAUGUAUGAUGUUGGACUGUACCAUAGACAACUACAAAUAUGGUUUCCGAAGAAAAUGUACAUUCGUCGAGAACAAACGUUUAAUGAUUUGAUUGUGCUAACGGACGAUCUAAUUCCCGUUUGGGAGCUCCUUGGAACGGGGUUAUCAGUAUCUUUAGCUUGUUUUUUAGCAGAAAUCUUGGUAUCUAAAUUGAAAAAAGUUAAAGCACUAAAGUGAAUUCAAUUGUAGGAAGGGCUAAAUCAUAAA